CUUUGAUCAGAAGUGCUCUACGAUCAGGUUGAUUGUAAAUCAGGGUGCUCCCCUACAAUCUUAGGCUUAAGCAGGCUGAUUGUAAAUCAGGUUGCUCGUAGAUCUUCAGAGGGCUAUCUUACUAAAAAGUUGAAAGGGGCAAGCCAAAACCUAACAAGUAAAGUUGCUGGAUCGAAGUAGGACAUUCUCCAUCCGCCCGCCAGCAGCAGAGGGGGUUCGAUUCCCCUUAUACGCGAUGUGGCGAAAAAGACUGAUUCAACCUGAUCUACGACCAACCUUGCCUGCAUUAAGAUUUAAAACUUGUCGUCUACUUCCAGGAAAUGUUCGGAACAGAGAACUUACAAUAAUACAACGCCGCAUUCUCCGACGAUUGAGAAACAAGAAGAGAUCUAUUAAGAGAAAGAUUUAUCCGAGAGACAAUCUUAACAGUUACAUCCAAUCACAAACUACACGAAAAUUGCCCCUUUUUCAUGGGGAUUUACCCAUCACAGAGAUGCACAGAGGAACAGAACGAAAUUCAUAUAUCCUUUUUCCACUCAAUCUAGAAACAAGAUCGGACGUUAUUCCGGUUCGUCUCCAUUUUUGUGAAACUAUUCCUCAAGCAAGGCAGCCGAUAAGUCAUCGAAGGGUUUGUGUGAAUAAUAGAAUGGUAAGCAUUACUCAUUUGAAAGUGUCCCACGGUGAUAUAAUAUCUUUUCAAGAAAAUGACGCGAGAAUCCGCGGUGAAGAAAUAAGGAGAUCUUUCUAUAUCGAAAUAUCAGUUGAAAAAAUCAUAGGCAAAUUCCUGGAUCACCUGGUAAGAAUGUGGAGAAAAACCAAAACAGAAUGGUUCCACCUACUCAAAACUAAGAGGGGAUGCCGCCUACUACUAAAAUCCCGGUUUUUGCAACAGUUGCGUUCUUCUAUGCAAGAAGAAGACUUAGAAAGAACAAAGAAGUUUGGAUCCGAAAAAGUAUGCUUAGGCAGUUCCUUCGCGGAACACAACAGAAUAAAGAGGAAUUUGUAUCAUUUCAAAUCCCUAUUCUUAUCGAAGAGAAGGAACGAGAAAAACCGAAAUCUUCCUACUCGAACAAGAAGUCCUAUAGUUUACAACUCUUCUUUAUAUAGUAAUUCGACCUAUUGCUCUGCAUCCCCCCAUCAGUUUACUAUGAAGAGAAGAAUCAAAAGGAUCGAACUACCUACUCAUUAUUCGGAGGUGAAUCAUAGAACACCAAAAGUUGUGGUAUCUUAUGGACCUAACAUAGGUCACAUCCCUCACGACAUAAGAUUGAAAGAUCCAAACCUUCCUCUUCGGAGCGGAAACGGACGUGGCCAAAACAUAUAAAGAUCGACGUAGUCGCUCAUAGGGACAUAUCUAUCCGGAUAGAGGAUAGUCUAGAUCGAUUCAUAGAUAGAUUUCUCUCCAUAUAGAUAGGUAUCUCCGUGAAUAGAGAUAAAGAUAGGGAUCCAUCUAGAUCUUGAUUCACUAUUUCAAUUUUUUUUUUCGAUUGAUUGCCUUGACGACAAGUUUUAAAUCUGCAAGGAAACAUCGUUUUUCAAUUAGGGUCGGAGCGUAGACGAGCAAGCAGAGCCCAAGAAAGAGGGAAGCCCGUCAUAGAGCAGUAGACUAGAAGUAGAAGACUGCUGACCUGAGAGAAGGCGGUCUCUCUCGGGAAA